CAAACAAGAUUUCACAUGACUAUAUUUAGGUUUACACAUUAAGAGAAUUUGAUGAGUCAAAGUGCUUAGAUGAACAGUUCCAAAAGUCAAAAGUGGACAAAGAGAGUGAGACCGGAGAUAGUAUAAAUCUAAAUUUUUAAAUUGACAUGAGAACCAACUGUCGGACUAUCAUCCUACUCUUGCGGAUUGAUGCUUGACGGCCAUGUCUUUGGCUACUUGCAGCCUUCAACCCCAUUUUGCACUGUUUGUACAGCAAAGAAGAAUCCCAGUUAGAAAUCCCAUUAAAAGAUUGAAAUUCGGCACCAAAUCGAAUACCCACUUCUUGUUUUCAGAACAUUCUUCCAAGAAGCGCUUUGGGUAUGUUUCUCCGGCGACAUCUGCUUCCCUUAGUGGCUGUUCGUCCCGGAAUCGCGGAAAAGACCUGUCUUUGGAAGAGCGGGAUUCGCAGUCGGGCCGGAAAAUCCGGAAAUGGGUUCAUCUCGUCCGGGACAUUUUUCCCGGCGGAAGCUGGUGGAGGCUCUCGCCGGAGGAGGUGGAUGCGGAAAUGACGGCGGAGCCGGUGACUGUGGUGCGGGCGCUUAGGAGGAUGUGGGAGUUGAUUGCUGAAGAUAGGUGGCUCAUAUUUUCUGCCUUUGCAGCACUUGUUGUAACUGCUUUAUCUGAGAUUUCAAUCCCACAUUUUCUGACGGCAUCAAUCUUUUCAGCGCAAAGUAGCAGCAUUCCAGUGUUCCACAGGAAUGUACGCCUCUUGGCCGUGCUGUGCAUAGUUGCAGGAGUUUGCAGUGGUCUGCGAGGUUGUCUCUUUGGCAUUGCAAAUAUGAUCCUGGUCACAAGAAUGAGAGAAAAACUAUACUCCACUCUUCUUCUUCAGGAUAUCUCAUUUUUUGACACCGAAACGGUUGGGGACUUGACAAGUAGGCUUGGUGCAGAUUGUCAGCAAGUGUCACGUGUAAUUGGAAAUGACCUUAAUAUGAUAUUUCGCAAUCUGCUUCAGGGAAUUGGUGCUCUGGUUUACUUGUUGAUUUUGUCAUGGCCGCUUGGCUUGUGCACAUUAGCCAUAUGUUCUACCAUAUCAGUCUUAAUGCUAUUAUAUGGACGGUACCAAAAGAAAGCAGCUAAGUUGGUUCAAGAGUACACCGCUUCUUCAAAUGAGGUUGCUCAAGAGACUCUUUCUCUAAUGAGGACCGUGCGAGUGUAUGGAACUGAGAAACUAGAACUUGGAAGAUACUCGCAGUGGCUGGGUAAGUUAGCUGAUAUAAGCUUGAGACAAAGUGCUGCCUAUGGAUUUUGGAGCUUUAGCUUCAAUACUCUUUACCAUUCAAUGCAGGUUAUUGCUGUCCUAAUCGGAGGGAUGUUCAUUCUAGACGGGCGUAUAACAGCAGAGGAACUUACGAAAUUCAUCUUAUAUAGUGAGUGGCUUAUCUAUUCUGCAUGGUGGGUGGGGGACAAUGUCUCAUCACUAAUGCAGUCUGUUGGAGCAAGCGAAAAGGUUUUUCGCUUGAUGGAUCUUAAACCCAGCAGCCAGUUCAUUGCCAAAGGAUCAAAGCUACGGAGAUUGUCAGGGCACAUUGAAUUUGAGAACGUUACCUUUCGCUAUCCUACUAGGGAAACGAUGCCUGUACUCCAACUCAUAAACUUCACAGUAAAUCCAGGUGAAGUUGUAGCGAUUGUUGGUCUUAGUGGCAGUGGGAAAAGCACUUUGGUCAGCCUUCUCCUCCGCCUUUAUGAGCCAACAACAGGCCAGGUACACAUUGACGGGCACCCAGUCAAAGAUAUGGACGUUAACGGGUUGAGAGAGCGGAUUGGUUAUGUGGGACAGGAACCUCGGCUUUUCCACACUGAUAUCAGCUCUAACAUAAGAUACGGAUGCACACAAAAUGUUAGCCAAGAAGAUGUGGAAUGGGCUGCCAAACAGGCCUUCGCUCACGAUUUCAUCUUGUCUCUCCCCAACGGCUACCAAACUCUUGUGGAUGAUGAGCUGCUGAGUGGAGGGCAGAAGCAAAGAAUAGCAAUUGCUAGGGCUCUUCUUCGGGACCCAGACAUUUUGAUUCUUGACGAAGCAACUAGUGCUCUAGAUGCGGAGAGUGAGCACCACAUUAAGGACGUCCUUCGUGCAUUGAGAAGGGACUUGAACACGAAGAGAACCGUCAUAGUGAUUGCACACAGACUCUCUACGAUUCAAGCUGUUGACAAGAUAGUGGUCAUGGAUAAUGGAAAUGUCAUGGAGAUUGGCAGCCAUAGGGAGCUUCUUCAAAGUGACGGAUUGUAUGCGCGAUUAGCUAAACGACAAGCUGAUUAUGUCGCUUGAAGUAAAUAGUCGAUGGGUGUUCGAGGUUGUGCAAGAUUCUUUAGAAAAUGUAAAGCUCUAACUAGAAACAAAAUGACAUUAUUUUGUUGAAAAGCACUUAUAGAACAAUUUUUAAGGGGUGUAUUCAAUUCAAAUUUUAAAAGAUUAUGUCAGAUUUUACAUGGUGGGCUUGGAUAGAUUUUAAUGUAUUUUAUUACGGAGUAUUAAAUUUGGGCAAAUUUG